AAUCCUCGUCGCUUGCAAGUACUCCGUUUUGCUAUCGUUCUAGAGUGUUCUGUUCUGUGUUCUUUCUCUGCUUCGCCGUCCGUAGUCGAGUGCCGACGGAAAAAUCCAUGGCGUCUGAUCUGGAACGCAAGGCUAAGGAUGCCUUCAUCGACGAAUACUUCGACCUGGCCGUUGAUCUCUACUCUCAGGCCAUCGAUUUGAGCCCUAACAACGCCGAGCUCUUCGUCGACCGCGCUCAAGCCAACAUCAAACUCCAAAACUUCACCGAAGCUGUUGAUGAUGCAAACAAGGCAAUAGAGUUGGAUCCCUCAAUGGCUAGAGCAUAUUUGCGUAAAGGCAUGGCCUGCUUGAAACUUGAAGAAUAUCAGACUGCCAAAACAGCAUUGGAGGCAGGGAUUCCUUUGGCACCAGAAAGUUUGAAGCCAAAAUUCCAUGAUUUGAUUAAAGAAUGUGAUGAACUCAUUGCAGAAGAAGCUGGUGAACAAGUUAAAGUGGAGGCAGCCACAACAGAUGUGGCAAUCCCGCCUGAAUCAGAGUCAUUAGAAAAACCGCAGGAUGCCCAACCAGCUUUUAAUUUAUCCUACCAGGGGCAAACAACUGUGAAGCCAAAAUAUAGGCAUGAAUUCUAUCAGAAACCAGAGGAAGUGGUUGUUACUAUAUUUGCCAAGGGCAUACCAGCAAAGAAUGUUGCCAUUGAAUUUGGUGAACAAAUACUUAGUGUUACAAUUGAUGCCCCUGAUGGAGAUGCAUAUACUUUCCAGCCACGGUUGUUUGGCAAGAUUAUUCCCGAAAAGUGUAGAUAUGAGGUCAUGUCUACAAAAAUUGAGAUCCGCCUUGCAAAAGCUGGGGCUAUUCAUUGGACAUCUCUAGAGUUUAGUGGGGAUAUUGCUGUUGUGCAACAGGCAGCUGUUGUGCCAUCUGUGACCCAAAAGCCUUCUUACCCUUCCUCAAAACCUAAGGGAAAGAACUGGGAUAAACUAGAAGCUCAGAUGAAAAAGGAGGAGAAAGAAGAAAAAUUGGAUGGUGAUGCCGCUUUAAACAAAUUUUUCCGAGAUAUAUACCAGGAUGCUGACGAGGAUACUAGAAGAGCCAUGAUGAAAUCUUUUGUAGAGUCAAAUGGGACGGUGUUGUCCACAAAUUGGAAGGAGGUGGGAUCCAAGAAGGUGGAAGGAAGCCCUCCGGAUGGCAUGGAGUUGAAGAAAUGGGAGUACUAAAGUGUAUUCUUAUAGUAUCUGGCUUGUUUAUGAAAUUUCAUUUUUGGUUUUUAGUUUCUUGGUUGGGUUGGAAAUUGGAAUUGGCCUAUAGUUUGUGAAAUGUAUUUGUUUUCCAGUCAUGCUAACUUGUAUUGUGAGUUGAUCUUGAACUUGCCUUUUAAAAGUUGUUUUGGACUGGUAGACUUGGGAUAAAAUGUGACUUGCCUUUUCUAUCUAUGCUCACCAAUUCCUUCAAGCAAA